CUUACUCUUUUUUAGGCACACAUCCCAUCCUAGUAACUUAACUUCUAUCCUCACAAAAUGUUUUUCUUCCCAUAUUUCAUGCUCAGAAUUUUCAUGUCACAGAACUACUGCACAUUUACGUGGGAAUUUUCCACAUAAAUUCUAAGAGGAUUUAAUCAUACCAACAUACUUUGAUUUCACCAGCAUUUAAUUAGUUAUAAAUGAUAAGUAUUAUCCUGAACUAAUAGCACAAAAAGUUAUCUUCCCCAUGCAUGUUUGGCAAUGUGUGUUUUGGUGAAGAUCACAACAUUAGUGAGGAUAAGUAUGCCCCAAGCAAUUAGUACAGUGAUUUUAGGAUUGCUACAUACUUCAGGAAAGUCAGCCUCACAGCAUCUCUACAUGUGAAGUGUGCUCCCCACAUUCCGUUACCUCACUUUGGGGUGGCUAGUGUCCCAGUCAAAAGGUGUUAUUUGGAAGCUUUUUCUACUGAAGGGUAAGUAGGAUUGCUAUAAAGAAGGUGUAAUGAAGAAGUAUGUGAGCCUUCCUCAAACUCACUACACACUUUCUCAAACUCAUCCUCAAUGUUCUGGUCCAUAAAACCAAGAAUGGACAAGGCCAGACUUUGCUCAAGCAACAGUCACCUCUGCAGGGUAUUACCCAACAGAAGACCCGAGCCUGUCUAAAAGCUUGUGUAUGUCAAGAAUGGGUGUCCUAUGUCUUCUCCUUCCCUCUCUUUCUGCUUAUGUCCCAUCCCUCUAAACCAGGCUGUUCCACCCACUCCUUUGCUGGCUCUGACACUCAAGACUGAUACAGUUUGUUCACCCAGAAAGAAUGUGUUGGGUUCGUUUUCUUGCUCACAUUAGUUUUAUGCUGGCUUUGUGAGUUCAGUCUGCUCCGUGAACAGCCUGAGUGGAAGAGCUGCACAAGGGAACUGCAAGUACAUACCUGGGAGCAGGAGGAGGCUCAAGCAGCAGCACUGGGCACUAGUAUUCAUGUAUAGUAUAUAUAGUAUAUGGUAUACAUGAAUACAACUAGUAUAGUUGUAUUCAUGAGCUGUACUUGCUGAAACAAUUAAUUAAAAACUGUUCACAAAAUUCUCAUGUAAAUGUAAUUUUAAAAUUUCCAGAAAGAUCACCAGGAUCUUGGAUUUUAGGCUUUCAUUUUCUUUUAAUUCUCUUCCUCUUUAAGCUUAAACAUGCAGAAAAUGUGGGUAAGUUCUCUGAGAUGAGCUGCAGAGUCAGAGCAUUUCUACAGAGAUAUAUCAACAUCUGUUUACUGGGAAACUCAAAACCUCAGCCAGGAAAAAAAACCUGAACACCUCCAUAAAAUCCAGUUCUUUGGAAUCCAUUCUGCGGCCAAUGUAAACCUGGAGUCAGACUUGAUUAUCACUCCUAACUACAAAGCCAAUUAGCAAUAAGGAUUUCCUAAUGAAAAAAUGGGAAGAUGAAGAGAGGGCUUUUUCUCUUUCCUGAAAAAUAAUAUAUAUAACAACUCAGGCGUCCUUCUUUCAAGGGAUUUGUUUUCAAGAGUUUAACUCAUGGGACUAAUAUAUGUAAUCAAUUUCAACACUUAUUUUCUAGAACUUUCUGAACAAUGCAUGGCUUUCAAGAGCUCAAAUUGGCCACAGCUCCAAUCACAGCCUCAAUCUUUUCAUAGCUUGAAAUCGUAAUUGGUUUUUUUGAGUAUCUGAAAGGAAAUGCAAUCCAUUUACUACAGGUUCAAGUGUGGAAACAGAUUUUUAAACUGUUUCAAAAAACAACUUCUGCACCAGAUACAGAAGGGCAUUUCAGGAACACAUAUGGAAGAUUAUCUUUUAGAUAUGGUAAAACCAUACAUCCAGUGCCUCUCACAAAAAGAAGCCUGGGACUUAGAAACUAGAUGUCCCAAGACAUGACCCAUGCCAUGAUGCUUGAUACGCUACAAGCAGAAAUUGUACAACAACACUGAAUAAAAUACGAAGCGUUUUGUCACUUGAUACCCAAGCAGCCAGGGGAAGAAGAUGAGUGCCCAUCUGUGAAAACCCAGCCAUUAAAGCACCUGUACAAGAAUAAGGAGAACUUGGAAGUCUGAAAGGCUUCAAAAUCCUCAUCUCCUAAUGAAUGGUAUGAUUAAAAUAUUGAACAUUUUGACUGUUCUGCUAAAGUUCAAAUACAAGAUUGAGAGCACCAAGUUUUCCAAAGGCUUACAGUCAGACAUGACUGCAAUUCUCUCCAAACAAACAAAUGCAGGUUCCACAUCUUGUUCCCAGCACUGUUUAUAUUCCAAGACUCUUCCAAGAAAACACAUGUAUAGGAUUGCAAGUACAACUGUUAAACUCUUUCUAGGAGCACUGAAAGAGAAUUUUGAACACAAAGAAAAAUAUGUUGUAAAAAUAUGUGUGAAGAUUCUUUUAAGAGAUUGUUAAAUCAGUAAAAGAAACUCACUCUACUCAAAUGAGCAUGGAACUGGGGAUUACAACAAAUAUUAAACUUACAGUUAUAUGCUGCAUACCUAGAAGAUACAAAGUAUGUUGUUCUUCUGUUUUCAGACACAUAUCUGGGGAGAAGGAGUCACUGCAUUCUUUUUGAAAGGAUGAGUUUUAUGCAGUCUAAAUACUGUUGGCUUUUUUAUCUUUUUAUACACCCUGAACCAUACACAGUUACAGUCAGUAGCGAUGUAUACAAUACACAGCAUUCUAACGCUGUUAAGAACCAUACACAAGAAACAUCAAGAUGACCUUGUACACAAAAAAGCAGCACAAACAAAAACUCAGAAUUUUGAAUAAGCCAAGUCAACACCCUUGUACAAAGCUGUGCGCUCCUUUUCCUGUGAUUGAGGACCAACGACAAAAUGGUUACAAUAAAGUCAUUUUUCAGCUAUAAAGAGAUAAGCAAGCAUUUAAUUAGGUGAUCGAACAAGAAGUGACAUCUAUUUAGUAUUUCCCUAAAGAGGUCUGUGGUAGUCUAAACAGAAACUUUUUUUAUAAACAGGAUAUGCAUAAUAAAAUGUACAGCAGCCACUCUUGCUUUCUACAACAUACUGUGGGAUCCAAACGAUUCCUGGAACUGGGCUUCGGAGGGGAACAACGUAGAGCUGAAGACUGGAUUUACAGCCUCUUCUCAAAGAGCUGCAAAACAUCCUGUGGCAAUUCUUACUAUCUGUUUUCUCUUUUGUCUAGUUUUAUAUGAGCAUUUGGUCAAUAAAAUCAUCUUUAGAAUAAAACAAGACUACGCAGAAGAUAUCUAAGGGGUUUGAACUACUGAUCAUCACUACGCAGAUUGGCUAUCCUGAUUAAGAAGAUAUGAAAGAAUACACGCUCCUCCUCUUCUUGGCUUUGUGCUCUGCCAAACCUCUCAUUGGUCCUUCAUAUUUUACACUGAAGAAUAUGAUGCUCCAAGAUAUGGAAGAAGAUGAUGAUGAUGACGAUGAUGACAAUUCCCUAUUUCCAACCACUGAACCAAUUAUACCACUAAUUCCUUUUGACCUGUUCCCAGUAUGCCCCUUUGGAUGCCAGUGCUAUGUGAGAGUUGUCCAUUGCUCUGACCUAGGUUUGACAUCAAUACCUCGCAACAUUCCACCAGAUACUCGUAUGAUUGACCUUCAAAACAACAAAAUUAAAGAGGUCAAGGAAAACGAUCUCCAAGGACUCACAUCACUUUAUGCACUGGCUUUGAACAACAAUAAAAUAUCCAAGAUCCAUCCAAAAGCCUUUCAGCCAACAAAGAAGCUACGACGACUGUAUCUGUCCCAUAACCAGCUAACUGAGAUUCCAACAAAUCUACCAAAAACUUUAGCAGAGCUCAGGAUUCAUGCUAAUAAGGUUAAGAAAAUCCCCAGGGAUGCAUUUAAAGGAAUGAAUUCCCUACAUGUUUUAGAAAUGAGCGCAAAUCCUCUUAACAAUGAUGGAAUAGAGCCAGGGGCUUUCGAAGGAGUAAAUAUUUAUCAUAUAAGAAUUGCAGAAGCUAAAUUAACUUCAAUUCCUAAAGAAUUGCCCUCCAGUCUACUAGAACUUCAUUUAGAUGACAAUAAGAUCACAACAAUCGAACUUGAAGAUUUUAACCGCUAUAAAGAUCUUCAAAGGCUAGGUCUUGGGAAUAAUAAAAUCAAAGAUGUGGAAAAUGGAAGUUUUGCCAACAUACCAAGCAUCCGUGAAAUCCAUCUCGAAAGAAAUAAACUCAAGAAAGUUCCUCCUGGAUUACCCCAACUUAAAUAUCUGCAGGUAGUCUUCCUUCAUUCUAAUCAUAUUGCAAAACUGGGAGUGAAUGAUUUCUGUCCAACAGGAGGAAGAAAGAAGAAAGCGUUAUACAGCGGCAUAAGCCUCUUCAAUAAUCCUGUAAAAUACUGGGAGGUUCAGCCUUCAACCUUCCGUUGCAUUUUAGCCAGAAACAGCGUGCAACUUGGAAAUUUCCUCAAAUGAUACUGAAGUUGGCAAUUUCAAAAAGCAACUUGUUCAAAUGUGUUCUAUAAUACUUGAAAUUUGCAGAAAAAUGCUAAUUUUACAUUAACCAGUUUACAAAGUACUUACUAUUUCAGAGAUAGUUAAUUAGGAACAACAUGUAAGUACGAUCUGUUGUAUUAUUUGACAAUGUUCAACCUUUGUUUGAAUAAUUUAAACAAAAGCCUUUAUAUCUUAUGGAGGGACUCUUGGAAGUGGAACUGGAAACUGUAUUUGAUGUUUCCUAUUAUCAAUGUUAAAUUCUUUACCUAAAUCACAUAGUUUCGACAUAUUCUUGCUUUGAAAUAAAUUCUAAAAAUUAAGUGGAAGUGACUUUUUCCACAGUAAGGACCUCCUCCUCUGCCAAAAAGUGUUGUAAGAAAAGGUGACAAAAGUUAUCAGACUUUCAAGGGCAACUUCUUGUGCCAUUUUUAAUAAUCAGCAAAGAUGUAAUGAAAAGGUACGGUAUUGUCUAGUCUUUUGUCUCUAAACAACAACAUAUUUUUAUAAUCUAGUAAGUGAGAUAAAUCUGGGUUUCAUAUCAAGAACGAACAUGCAAAAAAACUUUAAUAGGUUUUGGUACUUUUUCCUUGCAACUUUAAGCAGGAAAUGUCCUUCAGUGUUUUGCUAUCAGUAUAAUUUGAUGCACUCUGAACGUUAAAAACUAGGAUUCAAGAUUUAUGAUAUGCUUCAAGCUUAAUAGGAAUGAUUAUUAAACGCCCUUUAGGCCAGCACAAACAUUUUAUCUAUAACAACUGUAAUCAUUUUUUUCAUUUUAUUUUUUCCUCUCUCUUAUUUUGACAUCACAUGGGUUAAGAAUCCCUCAUUAAUGUAAGUACCUUGACAUUGCUGAAUGCAAGCAGAUAGCUGGAACUCAACUGCCCGGACUUCUUACAUAGGUCAACACAUAGAAUUCUCAAUACUGACAGUACUGUAUAAAAUGGGUAUUUUAUAUAUCUAUUUAGUGUAUAUUUGCUAUUGGGAUUCAAAACAAUUUAAAUAAACUUAAAGAAUACUUGCAUAUGUAUAUUUAAUUACAUGAUAGGUCAUGUCAAAAUAUUCAGAGAUUAUAACCAAACACCUUUCAGACUCUUCUCUACAUAUUUUCUCUAUUCUUCCUUUUUCCAAAUCUACAUACCUUGCAGAUCAUUUAUCAGCGCUCUUCUUCAUAGUUAAAAACUCACUGCUUUAUUUGAAGUGGCUACGGGGAAUGACACAGACUAGUAGAAGAAGAAAAUACUAUACAGAAAUCAAGCAAUUCCCAGUCUCUCAACCCUCCUACCAGCUCCCUGAGUAAACUAACCAAUGAACAAGUCUUAACACCUGAUCUUUUGCAUCUGCUUGGUCGAUUU